AUGAAAAAAUUUUUUCAUGAUAUUGCUUUAAGAGAUGCAAGUGAAUUUGCCACUUGUAUAAUUAAUGAGGCAAAUUUAGCAACUUUUGGAUAUGAAAUCUUGUGUCUACUUGAAGUAAAAGACGUAGCCGUUGUUAAUGAAAGACAUUUUGGCGGAGAAAUAUUUCGACAAUCGGCUUCUUGUGAACGUACCGUAUUAGAGAUUACAAACUGCUUGGAAAUCUAUAGCGUUCCACAAAAUCGAAAUCACGUAUACGGAUUUAUUUUAUAUCCGUUAGACGCAAAUCGUACUGCGCUUCUGAUGACCUAA